AUGUUCUUCCUUUUUCUUCCAGCAGAUUUUAAAUUGGGGUUUGUGUUGGAGGAGGAAGCAGCAAUGGCGCCCAAGCAGGGAAUUCGUAAGGGUAGCAGAAACCCGGAGUUAAUAAGGAGCAUUGGAAAAUACUCGAGAUUGCAGAUGUACCACAAAAGGGUGUUUAUUCUUCUCGCCGGUAGAUUCAAGGGAAAGAGGGAAGUGUUUUUGAAGCAGCUUCCUUCUGGAUUGCUUCUUGUAACCGUUCAUGCUAACUGUCCUAUGUUAUUGCCACGUCAAGUAGAUGUUUAUGCUGUUAACGUGGAUAAUUUUGAUGACAAAUACUUCUUAAAGGAGUCCCAGAAAAAGAAAAAGAAGGGAGAGGGCGAGUUUUUCAUCGAGACAGUGAAGAAGGAAAAACGUGUCUUACCCAGGAGAAAUGACCAGAAAAAUGUGGACUCUGCGUUGAUAAAAUCCAUUGAGAGCAUUCUUGACUUGAAUGCUUAUUUGGGUGCCAGCUUUUCCCUAAAGGCUGGUGUGAAACCUCAUGAGCUAGUCUUCUAG